CGAGUCGCUAUUGAGGGUCACUGAAGCCCAUAAAUCAAAGUGCUUUACUAACAGCCGGAGCGCAACCAUCUCGCUCAUUUUUUUCUUUUAAUGCGCAUGAUUUACACUUAAUCUUAAUAACAUUAUUGCCGGAUCAUGGGAAAUGACCAGUCCUGAAUUUUUUCUGACGUGCGCGUCGUCUCCAUUUGGACUGAUACACUUUACACUCCUUUUGGACUAAAGAACAACGUCUUCAUUCAAAAUGAAAUCAGUGCUGCUGAUCUGCGUGUUUCUUUUGCCGCUCCAGACAUUGGCGCUGCCGGUGCGCAACAGACUCAGAGUUCCCAGAACACAAUGGAGGCUUCCAGAAACAGAGAGCAGUGUUACCAUGGAAACCAUCACCAUUCCUUCCAAAGCUUCAAGUGCCGGGGCAAGAGAGCAUGGUGCGGUAUGGAGGGCCCUAAUGAAUAAAGGACAAUCAUCGAGACCAACAUCCAGUCCAAACAACAUUCCGCAAGGACAUCAGCGGGAACGCCGGCACGUCCACAAACCGUCGCGGGGUCAACUAAUGCGUGUGGGAUGCAUGCUCGGCACCUGUCAGGUCCAAAAUCUCGGUCACCGUCUUUACCAAAUGGGUCAAAGUGGACGCCAAGACUCACCGAUCAAUCCUAAAAGUCCACAUAGUUAUGGAUAAAACCACACAGUCGACACUGACGAACCCAAUGAACUUGUCCUUAUCAACAGCUCACGUUUUGGAUAAAGGAUGCCGCUAAGCUGUCUUAACCUUCUUUGAAUACUUGAUACGCUUUUGUAGUGGAUUGUUUGAAGCUGCAUUAUCUUUACAGUAAUCUGACUUUUAGGGAGGCUUGCAUUCUCUGUCUCUUCAAUCCAAGACGAAACGUCCUUGAUUGAGCCAGAUAAAGGCGCACAGAGCUUCGACAUACGCACUUUAUAAGAGUAAACAUCCCGUAUUUGGACACUUAAGCCUCGCCAAUGAGACUGCGUGAAUGUCAUUGCAUG